AUGCCCAAAGUGCAACAGGCUGGUCCGGGGCACAAAAUACUUACAACACAUACAGACCUGCACACAAACAAACACAGCCACACAACACCCACCAACAGUCACCCAAACUACACGAACCACAACCACGCACACGAUGACACACCCACUCACCAACAAACAAACAUCCCACACAACCAUACACCCCACAUCGACACCAACACCACGACACACACAACCUUGACACACACUACUCCCCGCAUCACCGCCUUCGUGGACACGCACCAGACUCAGAAGACCACAGACACAUUGGGACCAACCCCAGAAAUAAUUGCCAUCAUCGCAAACUUACAAGCCGUAAGCACCCUGGACGAAGAACUACAAGCAGACAGAGACAAAUACAUGAUCAGACGGGCACACCAACGUACGAACACAGGCGAGACAGAAGCCAGUACCUCUACACACCAACCACACAUCACACACCAGACAGUACCACACAAAACACACCCCUCAAACACACCAGACACCGACACCGACACAGGCUCCACCACCUCCACCGCAGACACAGUCAUACAUAUCGAAACAACACACACAACCACGCAAGAGACACAAACGACAGACGACGACACAGACAAUAACACCGACACCACCUCACUCACCGACACAGACGAACAGACACAAACACCCCAACCAACCGCACACACAACACGGGACACGGAGGCCAGAGAAACAGCGCACAACCCAAAAACACCAACGCAGAACCACGGAGAAGCAACCACGAGCCACAAGGAACAAGGAACAACGCAGAAACUUAUCAAGACCCACACCAACGAGAGCCAACGAACCAAAAACAAAAAUUUAAGUACAAUGGACCCUCUUUUAACUCCUUCAACGGUCUCUCAGCUUGAUCUGCUGAAGAUCUUGUCACAACAACAAGAAGCGGCAAGAGAACAACAAGAAGCGACAAGACAACAACAAGAAGCUGCUGCUCGACAACAGCAACAACUGAUCCAGCUGCUUCAAGAGCAACAGGAACAACGGAGGCGAGAAGGGGAGGCUCGAGAGCGUUCAGAAACUAAUCUUCAAGACCUUCUUCGGACGACUGUGGCGGCCCUUCAAUCCGUUCAUCUAAUGAGUGGCACUGGAGGACCGGCUGUUACACCACAAGGUUCUAGAGUCGCUACUCCUGUUCCCUCUCCUGUUCCCUCGCCUGUUCCUGUUCCCGUUGUUCAAGAGAUCCGACAUCCAGGACGAAUCCAGGAUGUUCGAGACUCAAGCCUUGCCUCUUGUCUUCGGACGCCGGCUCUGAAUGUUUUAACGGCAUUGUCUGAGGAAGAAAUUUCCGAUUACCAAAAACUUAGCUCCGCGCUUGAAUUGAGAUACGGAAACGAUCAUCUGACAAAAUUGUACACAGCUCAAUUACAGACUAGAAGACAAGGACGAGACGAAGACCUCGCGUCACUUAGCCAGGAUAUAGAACGGCUUUCACGUGUAGCAUUGCCAGAUCACGAGCCGUCUCAAUCCGAAAAUCUCCUCAUUCACGUCAGAAAGUGGUACACUUGGAUCGUCUUGCUCCAUUUGAAGAAGAUCAACCUGGAACAGUGUCUUCAAGACCAGGAACAUCCUUCAAGGUUAGAUCUUUAA